AUGUCUUGUGAAAAUCCUAUAAUAUUAUCCGAACUUUCAGAAGAAACAAACCUAAAAGAAAUUAGGGGGAUUCUGAAAGAAUUGAGUUUGGAAGCAAUUAUGAUCUUAAUGAAUAUUAUAGUUGAUCAGGCAUUUGGGGAUUUAGAUGUAGUGUGUGUAGUAAGGGGAGAGAGUACAAGUAUUGCUUCUGCUUCCAGAAAGAACAAGAAAAGAAAACUUGGUGAGAGAAGGAAGCUUGGUUGUAGAAAUGAUUUUAUAAUCAGAUCGAUUAACAAUGGAAAUAAAGAUGAAUUUGGAGCAGGUGAGGUUGGAAAGGAUUGGACAGAUGAAUUUGGUGCUAAGUUUAUGCAAGAAGCAGGGCUUAAGUUGCCCAAAAUGCUAAAAGACAUGUUGUUAAAAUUAAUCAAAAAAGUUGGUAAUGUUAAGUGCCCUGAAAUAAAAGCAGUGGGAGUAGUACAUAGUGGGUAUAUCUGUAGGUUUCAACGUGGAGAGUUAAUGGAGGUGCCAGAUGCACCAGAAAAAUUUCCAAAUAUUUUACCAAUAUUGUCAUCAGCUUUAAAUAUAGAGAAUGUAGUAAGACGAACCUUGAAUACUGUAAAUUCAAAACCACUAUCUUCACAAUUAUUUAAAAAUGCUGGAUUCAGGAGAAAUGAUUAUGAUCAAUAUCAACAGGACUGGUUACCUACUUCUAUAACAACACCAAAGCUACCUACUUCCAUAAAAACAUUGAAAAAGAAGCAAAGAGUUUCUAAUGCCAAGCCUACUGAGUGUAAUUAA